AUGAAGUCAGAUACGCCUCUGGACUAUGCUGUACUCCAGCUGUCACCUAAGCGCUCACAAUGUGAUCUUUUUGUUUCUAGUGGUGCAAAUACCGAGAAACUUGCCUCGGGAUCAGUUAAACCAUUUGUUGUGCAUUUAAAGAUUGCAGAGGAACAAGUUGCAUCGGCUGUUGAGUUAGUUAAGCUUGAAGUUGGGAGAUGUAAAAAUGUGAAAACAUGGUUCACGAAGGGAACACUUGAGAGGUUUGUACGGUUCAUAAGUACACCUGAUAUUUUGGAACUGGUUAAUACAUUUGACGCCGAGAUGUCUCAAUUAGAAGCAGCCCGAAGAAUAUAUUCAGAGGGAUCAUGGGAUUUGCUUUCUGGUGGGUCUGGGGUGACAGCUGCCGAUGAUGCGACAAAGAAGGAACUACUGAGAGCCAUGGAUGUACGACUUGUUGCGGUUAGGCAGGAAUUAUCAGCAGCUUUUUCUCGUGCUGCUGCAUCUGGUUUCAAUGUUGACACAGUCUCAGAGCUUCAAAUAUUUGCAGAUACAUUCGGUGCUCAUCGCCUGAAUGAAGCCUGCAGCAAGUUCAUAUCAUUGUGGGAGAAUAGGCCCGACCUAAUCAGCACAUGGAGAUCUAGACCUGAUGAUCAGGCUGUCAGUUCAUCAUACGGGUCGGACAUGUCCAUCGAUGAUGACCUACCAUCCCCACCACCCAUUAGGCCCCACCAAGAACCCAUGUGUCAGCAGCCCAUGGCCCCACUCUUCUUGCGGUGCACUUUCCGCAGAGAAUCCAGCAUGGAAAGAAACAACUCAGACAAACAAUACAACACCGCUGCUGUCGAAGGGAAGAAAGAAGAGAGCACAACUCUUGAGCAUGCUGAAUCGACUCAUGUUAGUCAGCCGGCAAGGCGACUCAGCGUGCAGGACAGGAUUAGCUUGUUUGAGAACAAGCAGCAGGAGUAUUCGGGAAGUGGAGGGAAGCCUGUUAUGACAAAGUCUGUCAAGCUCCCGAGGAUGUCAUCUGAUGCGUCCUCACCCUCAGCCACUGCAUUGGAGAAGGCAAUGUUGAAGAGAUGGAGUGGUGCCAGUGACAUUAGCAUUGACUUGAGUUCUGAGAAGGAUAUUGAGACACCAUUGUGCAUUGCGUCAUCUGUAUUGGUUUCUCAGACAAAGUCUUCCGAGGAGAAAAAGGCUUGUAGUUCAAAUGACACAGCAACUAGUUAUAUUAAAUCGGGCCCAAAAAUUGUCCUUGGUCGGGCUGGUGAUAGUGGGUUAAAAGAUGCUUGCUUUAGCAGGUCAGAAGGUGGUUUGGAGUGCAGUAAGUCUAGUUCUAAGGAAGGUGCUGGUAAAAGUGAUGGUUGUAAAGAUCAAAUAUGUGGGAAGACUGAGUCGAGAUCUUUCAUAAGCAGGUUUGAGGAUCAACAAAAUUCAGUUGACAAGGUCAACUCUUUGCCUGGUGAAGGGGAGUUGAAGGAUUCUCACAAAGGUGAAGAACACGGGGGUGCAAAAGGGAAAGCUGCAUCUGAGACUCAGGUUACUGGGUCGAAAUGUCAGUGUGCUCCACAGAAUGGGCAGGUUGAAAUUUCAGAUAAGAAGGAAUGGUUUGAAUCAAGAGGCAUAUGUGUUACACAGUCACACAAGGCUACUCAGAAUACAAUGGGAGACUCUGGGCUGUUUGAAGGCCCUGAUUCAAGAAUUCGAGAAGCGUUUUCUGCUCUGUAUAAAGGAGGGGUUGGAGGGAAUUCUUUGUCUUCUCAGCAUGAGGGAAGACCCUUGGGAGAAAGAGAGAAAGUUGAAAAGACCAAAUUUGCCAUGUCUAUGAAAAUAUCUGGUAGUUCAGCAUCAAUUGCAGAAGAUUCUGGACCCCAGAGAAUGGCAUUCCAGAUACAAGUUUCAGCUCCUGAACAGACCACGAAGGCCUCUGUUCGGAGAGAUGAAAGCAAUUUUGGUUAUGGAAAUAGUCGAACACCAGUCUCUAGUAAAUUGAUAAAGACACAAGAAAGCUUUGACUCAUUAUUAAAACCAGCUUCGGAGCAAGUUCAAAAGGUUAGGGGGUCGGAAGGGAACCAGGAACUCAAUGAUCAGUUGGAAAUGAAUGCAAAUGAACUUGAAAAGCUCGUAGCUGAGCAUAAACUACAAGUCCUUGGAGAUCAUUUUGAUUCUUCUGGUAGAGCCAGGUCAGAUGACACACAACAUGAGUCUGUAGCAAGUUUAUCCUACAUGAAACCAGUAGAUGAUGUAGCAUCUCCUCAAUUGCUUGACACUUACAUAUUAACUGAAUCUGCUGCUAGUUCUAAAACCAUGACCAAGUUGAAAGCUGCUCAUCUCAUGAAAAGGGUUGGGAGCCAGAAGCAUGAUGAUAUUCUAAAUAGAAGUUUUGCGGAGCUCAGUGUAUCUGAAGGUUCUCGAGGGAAAUGUUACGUUAGUUAUAUGCAGAAAAGAGAUGCAAAACUAAGGGAAGAAUGGAGUUCCAACCGAGCAGAUAAAGAAGCCAGAUUGAAGGCCAUGCAGGAUAUCCUUGAACAGAGUAGAGCUGAGAUGAAAAUCAAAUUUUAUGGAUAUGCAGAUAGGGAGAAUUCAAUAUCCAGUGCUCAUCGACCGGCUGAGAGACUCAGAUCAUUUAAUUCCAGGUCAAUUAUGCAAAGUGAGAAGAAACAUCAAGAUUUUGGGGAUAUUGAUGAUGAUGAUGCCGUCUUGGAGUUUCUGAAGCUGAAGCAUCUUCAGGAAGAUAGAGUUUCAGAUGAGACCUCUCCUGGGAAUGGUGUUUCUAGGAGUUCGCAGCAUAAGAAGCUUUUGCUCCACAGAAGUUCUUCCUCAUCUAGUCCUCACACUUCAGCAACUACUGUUCCAAGGUCUUCCAUGAAAGGUGCCAGUAUCAGUUCUGGAAGGCGAAAAAUGCAAUUUGAAAAUCCUCUUGCACAAUCUGUCCCCAACUUCUCUGACUUCAGAAAGAAAAUACCAAGCCUGCUUCUGGAGCCAGAAGAGAAGUCAGGCCAAUCACAAUCACUGAGGGAAAUCUCUGGAAAUCCCAGAGAGUUCAGACUGAGCCUGGAAUUAGAGAAGUGGGAGAAUUCUGGAUCAGAAAAUGGUGAUGAUAUGAGGUUAUUGUCUGAAGUGGACCAGGCUUUAGGUGCUGACGUGCUGUACACCUUACAUCCUGUUGAAUUAAUGCAAGAUUGGCCUGGGGAAAGUCCUAUGUUUUGGAACUCAGGAGGUCCUACCUCGUGGAAUUCAGAGUCUUUAAGUCAAAUAGAGACCCUAGCUCGAAUGAGGAAGAAACGUGGAACAGCUCAGAAGCCGAUGAUUGUGGCCCAUUCUUCAAAUAAUUUACCCCGUACGGAUAUGAUGAGGGGAUUCAAAUGGCUAUUGAUAUUUGGUAGAAAAAGUCGUGGGUCAGGGAGUUUGGUUGGCUGGAUCUCUGCAAUCACAUCUGAAGGAGAUGAUGAUACAGAAGAUGGAAGUGAUUCUGCAAACCAGUCAUCAGAAGAUCUGAGGAAGUUUAGAAUGAGAUUUUCUUAA